AUAAAACAAUCGUAGGUAGGUACCUAAUAAUUAUGAAUAAGUAAGUUGUGGCGAGAUUUCCGAUGUAUUAAAUAAAACAACAAGGAAAGAGACGACCAGUUCAAGUCCGGCCAUCGUUGAGUGACCACGUCCAAUAUGAAGGUCUUAAUUUGUUUAAUCGGAAUCGUAACCGCCGUGAUAGCGGUAGACAAUGAUGUGGCAGUUGAAAAAGUCCUCAAGGAAGGAAACGAUAUUUUUACCUCGAGGCUAUUUCCUGAGGUGGUAAAACAGCAUCCAAAAGAGAGCGUCGUUCUAUCCGCCUUCUCGGUGCUGACGCCGCUUGCUCUAUUGAGUCAAGCAUCAGUUGGUGCUUCUCAUGACGAACUCCUCAAAGCCAUCGGUGUACCUAAUGACAAUGUUACAAAAGAGGUGUUCUCAUAUCUGAAAACCAAUCUCCGAUCAGUGAAGGGAAUAGAGUUGCGAAUGGCAAAUAAAGUGUACAUCCCCUUACAGUUUGCUCUGAAUGAUGACUUUGCAGCUGUAUCGAGAAACGUUUUCGAUUCUGAAGUCCAAAACGUUGACUUCACCAAGAGCCAGGCCACUGCUAAAUCAAUCAAUGCUUGGGUGGAGAGUCAAACUAACAAUCGUAUCAAGGACUUGGUGUCUCCUAACUCCUUAGAUUCUGACACCCGUGCAGUGCUCGUCAACGCUCUUUAUUUCAAAGGAACUUGGAAAGAAAAGUUCAAUAAAAUGUUUACAUCUGACCAAGAUUUUCAUGUGACUAAAGAGAAAACAGUUAAGGUUCCUAUGAUGUAUAAACAAGAUACAUUCUUAUAUGGUCAGAGUGAUGAACUGGAUGCUAAGCUCUUAGAAUUGCCUUAUGAAGGAGACGAAGCAUCUUUCCUGAUUGUGCUACCCAAUGCAGUCGACGGCCUUUCUGCUCUUGAAGAAAAACUGAAGGAUCCUUCACUGUUAGAAAAAGCUGUCAAAAAUAUGAUUAAUCAAGAAGUUGAAGUUCACUUGCCUAAAUUUAAAAUAGAAACUAAAACUGACUUAAAAACUGCUCUUCGAAAUAUUGAUGUUAAAAAGAUUUUCACUAGUGAAGCGCGUUUAGAUAACUUACUAAAAGAUGUAAAAGAAUCUCUAUACGUAAGUGAGGCGAUCCAAAAAGCUUUCAUUGAAGUCAACGAAGAGGGUGCUGAAGCAGCUGCAGCCAAUGGAUUCGUAAGUUUGGUAGUGGGUGGUAUCGUAUUACCAAUUAUUUCCAUGGACAGACCUUUCUACUUCGAACUUAACUACAAAGAUACACUUCUCUUUAACGGUGCAUUUGUGCAACCACCUGUUACAUAAAUAUCAUAAUAAUAAUCGUAGAUUAAUUUAGCAUUUUUUGCAAUGAAAGCUCGAAUUUAAUAACUGCUUAAAAUCAGUGAAAAUUAAAGUUUAGAUUAUAAAUUUUGAUAUGUCUAAUUUAUCUAUCUAUUUGUAUGUAUAAGUAAUUUUAAUUUAAUUUUAAAUUAUAUUAUUUAAAUUUAAUUACUUAAAUUAUUUCUAUAAAAGUACCUUUAACUAUUUAAGAAAAUUUUGACUAUGAGAUUAUAUAACUUGACAUUAAAAAUAACUUAUUUAAUUUAUGUAGUUAAAUAAUAUGUUAUUAUUAAAUAUAUAUGUAUUAUAUUAUUA